UAUAAUGCCAUUGCCCCCCCGAAAGGGACGGGCACUUGAAUUUUAAACGACUAUGAAGACUACAGUGGGUAUUUUGGUGCUGAUGGCACUGGGAGCUUUGGCGAGUCCCAUUGAGCAGCGACUUUCACUGAUUCAGGAUGAUGCAGGAAACAUGCAUCUAGUCAAUCCGGAUCCGUACACCGUGGUCGACGAACAAUACGAGCCAUUUUUCACUCCCGAAACGGACGUCAUAUUCCGGUUGUUCACUCGGUCGAAUCCGGUCCAUGGACAAGUGUUGCAAUGGAACAAUCCGGCUACGGUAACGAAUUCCAAUUUCAAUCCGGCUCAUCCCACCCGUUUCACCAUCCACGGUUGGAAUGGUGGAGAAAACUCCGGACUGCAUAGCAAUAUCCGUCAGAACUACUUCAUCGCAGGUGAGUUCAACGUAAUCAAUGUGGACUGGGGAGCAGGAGCGAACACUAUCAACUACAUCACUGCUAGAAAUCGGGUUGCAUCGGUUGGAGACAUGACUUCAAGGAUGGUAAACACGUUGGUUUCGGCUUCGGGUAUUUCCCGAAACAGUAUCAGUUUGAUUGGACAUAGUUUGGGAGCUCACGCGGCUGGAAAUGCAGGAAAGCUGCAACAAGGCCAAAUUCAUACAAUCGUAGGGUUAGACCCGGCAGGUCCUUUGUUCUCACUGGGUCAACCAGACAUCAUGGAACCGAGUGACGCUCAAUAUGUGGAAGCCGUAUUCUCCAACGCUGGAACGCUGGGAUUCGAUCUGCCACUUGGACAUGCCAACUUCUACCCGAACGGAGGCCGAUCGCAACCUGGAUGUGGAGUCGAUUUGACCGGUAACUGUGCACAUUCGCGAGCUCACGAAUUGUUUGCCGAAUCAGUGUCGACCUCCGUGGGCUUCCGAGCGACUAGGUGUGCGUCGCACAACGAAGUGCUGGCCGGUGGCUGUACCUCCAGUGGACCGGAUGCGCCAAUGGGUGGUGAACCAUCGAAUCAAGGCCGGGGAGUGAAUGGAAUCUUCAGAUUCAAUACUAACGGUGCCUCGCCGUUUGCCAUGGGAUAAGUAAAAAAAAAACAUUUGGGUUAGAUAGGAUUAACGACUGAAUAGGAUUAAUAAACGAU